CAUCCACCCACUUCUUAUCUUUCGUGUCAGCAUGCAUCUCACAUUCAUUUCUCGCACUCCGCAUAUUGACCAUAGAUAAGAAUCUCUGCAUACUCAUCAAACUCAAAUAAUGUCUGUGUCUUCGCAAGCCUUAAUCAAGCGUCAAAGCAACAACAGCUUGAUGCCUCCUCCGCCUCCACCGAAGCGCAUCAAACGACCGGCCACCGUGCUUGAUGAAGACGUCUACACCGACGCUCUCUCAGAAAUCAUUGCACGCGAUUAUUUCCCUGGCCUACUGGAGGCCCAGGUGAAGCAGGACUAUCUAAAUGCAUUAGACUCGCAGAAUCAAGAGUGGAUUGCUAGUUCAAAGAAGAAAUUAUCCGAUUUAGUGCAAACUCCUGGAAGAGUCCGAACUCGCACUGGCUCUGCCAUGACACCACGGCUCACUGGAACUGGGAAACCAGGGGAUACUCCGAUGACCUGGGGCGGUGAUACCCCUUUGUCGACGACUUCUGCUUUCUCAUCAGGAAACCAUACACCAGUGGCCGAAACCCAGCGCCAAGCUCCAGAUGUGAGUCGGCUGGGGUUGCUGGAAUUUCAAGCCAAGUACACUAGUGAGGACAAUGAAUCCUUCAACAAGUUGUUAGACAAGCGAAAUUCCAAGCAUCGGGAGAAAUAUGCCUGGCUUUGGAACGGGAACAAGAUCCCGACCGCGCGACAGAUCGCUCAUCAUCGACAGGAGGCCAAGCGGAUCGCGGCCCAGGGAGGUAACCCAGACCAGAACAACCAGGCAUUGAUCAAGACCGACCUGGACGCUCGACCCUCUCAGCCCGACACUUGGAAGACGCAUCCGGAGAAUUCACUCAUGUUUGCGCCUUCAUCCGUCGAAGACAUUCAUGAGACGACUCAGCAGAAAGCGGAAGCUGCAUCUCGAGCAGCGCCGAAAUGCGUGGUAUACCAGAACACUCGCCUUCCCAAUGAGACUCUCCAGCACACUUCCGGGACUAUCCCUCCACCUUCGCCAUCGAUAUCGGCUAUCAAGGAUGCUAUCGCCGGACGUCCUCGCCCGACUGAUUCCGAGCCAGGGUACAAUGGCGGGGAAACACCCCGAGUGAAUGGAUAUGCGUUUGUGGAUGAAGAUGAGUCCGAGUAUGACCGUACCUCACCCAGGGGCGAUGGCUCCAUAACGGACGACUUCUACUUGCUCGGAAGCGGUGAUGCGGCCCCGAAUCCGUUCCAGAUAACAGAAAAUCGCAAACGUGAAGAUCUUCACCAUCGUAUGGUUGACCGCGUGGCACGGACGAGACGUGCGGAAAAAGCCACCCGCGAGACUAAAACUCCUGUGGCAAUGACCCCUAGAUUCGCCAGCAGUCCGCAACUCGACUUUGGGCAGCAGGCACUAGGUGCAGCUACUCCUGGGAUCAGAGCAGGCAAGAUGCUGACACCUGCAGGGCAGAAGCUGCUCAAUCAAGUGGGAAGCACUCCCCGCCCAGGUGGUUCGUUUACCGGUUCGUCGUCUAAUUUGAGAAACAUGUGGACACCAACUCCUAGGAGGUGCAAAUGAUGGUGCUCUUUUUUUUCGCCGUUUCAAUUCCCUUAUCAUUUUUCUUGUCUUUCAAUACCUUUCCUAUGAGCGUUUCUCUCUCGCAUGACUAGAUACCAUCACACAAACAACGGCGUUCUGCAUCGAGCUUCUCAAAUUAGUUCUUUCCUCAGCCAUACAGGGAUGCAGGCAACUAGUGCUUGUACGUCUUUCUAUGCAUUCAAUUACUAGAAGCUCUUGAUUACCACCAUCUAGGGUAUUUGAGGCUGCAUUGGCGACUUGGAACUUGUUCCCACCGCUUGUAUCAAGAUUGAGAUACCUGAAGUCGAGGGGAACAUAGAGGUCAUCUCGAAUGAACCGAGCCUUCCGGCCAAGGAUACUCAUAUCAUGCGCGAAAUAAAUGGUCUCCAGGUAAUUCAGCGCACUUAAGUCAACAUCAAU